UCCGGGAGGAGCGCGCGCUCUGUCCUGUCCACGCUGCCCAGCAGCAGCAUCCUCUGCUGCGGGACUCUGUGAAAGUUGAACCCGCUGCGCCGGAUGUUUCCUUUCCUGUUGCUGUCGCUCGUGCUUUGCGUCCGUCAAUAAGGGACUGUUCGCGCCGGUGGAGCGGAGAUGUGGCGGUCCCGUUAGGAGCUGAAGCCUCCACAGUCCACCCCGCUGACAGAGCGCCUCUCCCCGCCUCAGGGAACAUGGGCUGCGGCUUGAGGAAACUGGAAGACCCGGAGGACAGCAGCCCCGGGAAAAUCUAUUCCACCCUGAAGAGACCCCAGGUGGAGACCAAGACAGACACCGUGUUUGACUAUGUCCUGCUGGACUUCAGUUUGGAAGGCAGCCGUCCUACCGUCCAGUAUGUGUCCUCCCUGUCUGAGCUGCCUCAGGCCCUGCAGUCCUUCUACACCCAGGGCUACGUCCUGGCCGCCCUCCACCCCAUCAUCCUGUCCCUUGGCCGGAGCCGCUCGCUGCCCUUCAGCCUGCUGUACCGCGCCGUGCUGGCCCGUCCCAGAUCCAGCAACCAGACUGCAUCCACGUGCCACAGCGCGCCGGUGCUGAGGGUGGAGGAAUGGCCUUUACCCGGCGACUCACUAACCAGCGACACGGUGCGGGCGCUGAUUGACAGGGUGAACAGCAGCGCAAGAGGAGGUGUUCAGUUCGUUGGCUCUGUCCUGCAGCAGGUGAGCGGCGUCACCAACGGGCGCAUGCACAGCCCCAAAAGAGGCUGCCGCUCCCCGCCUCGUACGCCGCCCCAAACACCACCUGGAGACAGAGAGCAGGAGGAGCACACCUACAGGCCAGACUUGAGGCUGCUGGUCUUCUUCCAUUCCUGGCCCCCAGGCUGCGCUCCUCUGGACUCGUUGGGCUGUCAGUACCACCAGGGGGCGCUUUCUAUGCGGGUCUCCAGAAAGGGCCAAGUGGUCAGUGCGCUGGAGGCCGACUGGCUGGAGCUGACCGCUGCUUACUACCGCAAAGGCUGGUCGCUGGUCGACUCCUUCGUGUACUGGGACACACCUAAAGGCGAGCCGGUCCCCAGGUCUCUGGAGGGAUUGUUUGUGUACGAGGAGCGGAGCACCUCCCCUCCCCCUAACGACACCAUCGUGGUGGAGCAGUGGACCGUCAUCGAGGGCUCUGACGUGAAAACGGACUACGGGCCACUGCUGCACACCCUGGCUGAGUUUGGUUGGCUGCUCACCUGCGUGCUGCCCACCCCCAUCAUUCGCCAUGACAGCGACGGGAACCUGGCCACAAAGCAGGUGGUGUUCCUGCAGAGACCGGUCAGAACCUCCACAUCCGGACAUCUAAAGAACCAGACGGUCUCGGCGCCCAGCGACGUGUCGAGUCGCUCUGUGAGCCGCGUGGUCAGCAGCUCCGCCCCCGCAGAAGACCUCUCCCCUGCCGCGGGCGGCGGCAUCGGGGGCUUCCCGGUGUUCGGAGGCGGUUACUCCGGCUCCCUGUCCCACCUGGAGGAAGGAGGCUUUGAGCAGGAGGAGGGGAAGGCCGAGGUCACCUGCAUGUGAGCAGGAAGGAAGCCGACUCAGCACUUUUUGGGCUGAUUUUAUUAAAGCCAUAAUAUUAAGAAGGAACAAGGAGCUGCAUCACUUUAUGACUUAUUUUUGAUCUGACAGUGAAAGAAGGGAAAACUGCUCCACUGAUCAGAUCUGAAUUUCUUCAUCAUCAAAUUCCAUCUCCAUCUUUACUGCUCAGUGUUUCUUACAGAGAUCCUUCAGUCUGCAGCCUGAGACUCAAAUAACUGUUCAGAUGACUUUUACAUGGUACUGCUAACAUGCUGCAGCGGAACAAUUUUUUAAAUUUUAUAUCUGUAAUCCAAGUAAUUAAAGUGACUGCUACGGUUUAAGCAGGGCUUUUACAGACGUCGGCGCUGUAACGCAUCUGUUGCUGUUUUGAUCCACAUGAAGAGACGUGGAGCUGAAGGAGGUUGGAAAAAAAAUCAUUCUUGGUGCAGAAAUGCUGACGUGUCGGUGCUCUGCUCACGCUUCAUAUGAGGAGCCUAAGUUAGACUUUGUAGAAGUAUUCAUGCCACUGGAACUUUUUACAUUUUCUUCUAAAAGGACAGAAUUGGGACGUUUCUGUCGAUCAACACAUUUGUCGAGUGGAUGAACAAUGAAUGAGACGUUUCAGGUUUUUCUGUGUGAAACUUCAAAAGGUAUCAAUUAUUUUUCUUUAAAUUCUCAAUAAAACAUUACACUGUGUGUUGAUCUUUUGGAGAAAAAAAUACACACAAGUACUUGACCUCCUAUUAUUGCAUUACUACAAGGUUGUCAUAACAUGACAAAACAUGUUUUUAAGUUUCAAGAGGUGUGAAUACUUUUGCGAUUCACUUUAAGCUGUUUUCUUUUUGAGAGAUAAUGAAUAAAAUGGACUGAUGGAAAGAACCCAUAACGUCACCAUCCGGACUCAAGAUGUCAGUCGUCUCCCAGCUUUUCCUUUUGUUGAAGAACUUCUACAUUCAUUUCUGUCGCUGUUGAUGCUUUUAUUGUGCAAUGUUCAUGUGCAACUCUUCUUAUGGAAGUUGAGAGAGGACGUUUUCAGCAUAUGCCUUUUUUCCCCCAUGGUUUCCUCACGAUAAGUUCAUCUGGAUCAAAUCACAAGAUGUCUUCUAUGUGUUGAACCUAAUUUCAUUCUUCUAAUGUCACCAAUGCAUGGAUUUAUUUGAAGGACUCCUCGGAUUUUGAUAAAACCAUUGGGAAAAGUAUAUGCAGAAAAUGGCCGCUCUCUGCUUGCGUGCUCUUCUUAUAAUCAAAGAUUAACCAUAAUUCCAUCUAUCAACAAGUUCAGACACGCGCUUCAUUCUUUAACUCGAUCACCUGAUUUGCAGUGACCACUGUGGUCAGCAGGUGGCAGCAUUGAGAAGCCCAACUACACACAUGAUGUUGGCCACCAUCUGGGAAAAAUGCAAACUAAAUGUUUUCUAAGAUUAUUAAAAAGCAUGAGACAAACUCCCACACUUCUCUCUAAAUGUGUUGGUUCUUCUCCACCUGCUGUUGGAGGCAGGAACCUUUACAGGCCAUUUAACUCAUGCAUUAUAGGAUUUUAUCAGCGUUCUUUGCUGUCAGCAACACGAGUCAUGGUGGCUGUUCUCUGAUCUUCCAAUCCAUCAGAUAGGAGAACUGUAGCAGUCCAUUCUCUCACUUCCACUAGUUCCUGUCUGUCCCUGAGGCUUUUCUUGGACAAAAAAAAUGUCUCAGUAUUUGUACAAAAACUAAGACAUGUAAACCAUGGUUUACAUCCUGGUUUAUUGUGAUGUAAACCAUCAAAGAUUAACACCAGUGGCAUGCAGUCAGGGGAGGCAUCAUGGAAAAAUAAUGUAUAAUGAUAAAAUCAUUUGUAUUGCUAUUUUCACUCUGUGGUUUGUACUAUAAAAUAUCUAUUUUUAAUUUA